AUGACCUUCACCCCUUUCCUCGGUAAGACCAGCCCUCACGAUAGACGGAGAUCAGGCUGUCAAGCGAUAUUCGCAGGAUUCGUCGCCCGAGCCAUCGAGUUGAAGAUCCGACCAACUAUACGACAUUUCUGGUCCACCGAUCAAUCAUCAUUACUCUUACCCAGCUUAAGAAGUAUGGUACAUUCUCAGCAACAACUUCAGCAUCCAGCCCAGAACGAUAAUGACGAUACGAGUAUAAGUCAAGAUACGAUUUCACAAAAUACAUUAUACCAGUUACUAAAUUCGAAGCAGAAUAAAUUCACUAAACUCUCUUCUUCCACAUUACAAUCAUCAGAUGCAAUUGAUCAAGAGUGGGAAUUGACCAAAGCUGGUAAACAGACUUUCCGUCUGAUACCUAACCCCACCACUUCGAUAGAUCUAGCUACUCACCAUAAACAAUUCUUAAUGUAG